GUAUUAUCAUGACAGGUUGAUAACUACCUGGACGGCCUCGUUGAGUUGGUAACCUUCGGUCAUUUGUCAUCAUGUUCUUCAAACCAACUCUGACCCUGUCAUGAUUGCAGCACUACUAGCGACAACACUGUCCGUAGAAUCGCUAAACUGAGUAAACGUUUUUAGUAUUUGCACUAUGGCUCCAAUUAUGAAAUUGUUGAUCUGCAUCUUUGUGUGGAUUUUGUCAACUGUGGAUGCUGAACAUUCUGAGAUAGUGAACACUCGUAAUGGUCCUGUUCGUGGAAAGCGUGAAGAUGGCCAGAUCGGUUAUUAUGGAAUACCGUAUGCAAUGCCACCACUCGGGGAUUUGCGCUUUCGUCCUCCACAACCCCCUGACCCUUGGAAUACAACAUUUGAUGCGUUGAAAAUGAAAUCGUCAUGUUGGCAGAAGCAUGACCGGCAUAACAAAACUGGAGAUGUUCCAUUAGAUGAGGAUUGUCUUUAUCUUGGUGUUGUCGUUCCGGACUCCAUUCCUAAAGCAGCUUCCGUACUCGUUUGGAUCCACGGGGGUGGAUUCACAUGGGGUACUGCUGAAAGGCACUUAGGUGACCAUAAUAAUAAACUUACAUCACAUGAAAGUGUUAUUUUUGUUGCAAUGAACUACCGCUUGGGUGUGUUCGGUUUCCUCGCCAUGAAUUCACCAGAUGCUCCGGGCAAUAUGGGACUACUGGACCAGCAGCUGGCUUUAAAGUGGGUGCAUGAAAAUAUAGCGGCGUUCGGUGGUGACCCAGAUAAAAUUACAAUUGCUGGAGUAAGUGCAGGUGGCACGUCUGUGGCAUAUCAUCUCUUCUCUCCUGGAAGUCGAGGUUUAUACAGGCGAGCGAUUCUCCAAAGCAGUUAUGUCUUGAAUCAUAAACGGUCAUUUGUCAGUGGAGGGGAUGCAAAAGACAGAAGCAUGCAGUUUUCAAAGAAGGUGAACUGUGACGGAGAUAGUGGAGAUGUCAAACUCCUACAAUGUCUGCGAGGCAUGCCCGCAGAGCAAUUAAUGAAUAACCAGGAUGCAUUUACUGUUUACCGAACACCGUUUCCACCUGUUAUUGAUGGGCAGUUCAUCACAGAUGAACCUCGAGCGUUAGUGAAGAAGGCUGAGUUUGAGAAAAUUCCAAUUCUUUUAGGAACCCUACAGCACGAAACCGGUGAUAUGACGUUCCGGGCCGGGAUUCCUGGUCUCUCUGCGAACAAUGGGUUCCAGUUUAAGUACAACAAACUACAUGAUGUUUUAACCCAUUGCUUUCCAACCGCAGCAGAUGUCUCACCUAUUAUAGAACAGUACGUGAAACGUAAUAAUUCAGAACCGACUUACUUUCGAGACUUACUAAUGGACAUAACUGCCGACUACUCAUACGUCUGUCCAUCAUUAGAAUUUGCCACAUUAUACAGCAAUGUGGGUUUGCCUGUUUACUAUUACGAGUUCGAUCACCGUCCUUCGGUGAGUAUAGCGCCGGAAUGGAUGGGCGCAGUUCACGGCGAUGAAGUGCCUUUCCUGUUUGGCUUCCCGUUAAAAGAAGGGCAGGACAUUAGGCAUCACACCAUUGAAGAAAAAGCACUGAGUAAAAAGAUGAUGAGAUAUUGGACCAAUUUUGCUAGAACAGGAAAUCCCAACACAGAAAGUGAAAAUGAUAUAGAUGAAAAUGAAUGGCCACAAUUUGGGAAUGAUGGUAAAUAUAUUUUACUGAAUGGCAAUAAUGUUGAUAAACCAACUGUACUUACCAAACUGAGACGUGAAUACUGUGAUUUCUGGAAACAACAGAGUGUAUUUAUGCAAAACAAGAAUUUAGAAGAACUCAAGAAAGAUGAGCUAUGA